AUGCGGUUUUCAGAUUCUCUGGGAUCCAGUAAGGAGACUAGAGAUGUCAUUCUCGAUAUCACUACCCCGGAUUCUUCCUCCACAGAAGCCCUUACUAGGAAGCCGUAUGGAAUCAACACAAAGAUACACGUUGCCAGAGAUGGUUAUAGGAUACUCUCGGUCUGGGAUGGACAGAACCUGCUCUGGACCUCCUCCAAUGGCUAUUGCUGUGAUCACGUUUCAGUCGUUAGAUUCAGAGAGAAGAGUGGUUACUCAAGAUACGAUGUGGUAAGACUAGUAGCCGUCUAUGCUAGUGAUGGUAAAGGCACAAAGAAGCUAUUCUACUAUGAAAAGGAUGGUGAGAAAUGGAAGACUGUUGAAGAAGAAAAGUUUUACAGGAGUUUUCAUCAUGAAGCUUCGAACCAAUCUCUACUAGGAACCCUAGUCUUGAAUAUAGACGGGAAUAAUGAUUUGGGAACGCUUUACACAAAUAGUUCUCCAGAAUUUCCAUUCCUUCUCUAUGCACCAAAUGUAGGAUACCGCAUUAAAAAGGUCCAAGCUGGGAGUGUUUUAUGGACAGCAGGUUCUGAAGAUCAAGGCUGUGCAUAUGCUUCCUUUUUUCCAAAGAAGGAUCCAAAAGUUGGUUACCUGAUCAUAGAGGGUAAGGAUGGUAUAGAGGAACUAUUCUAUGCUAAGACAGGUACCUUUGGAGGAUGGAAUGCUAGUACAAGGGAAGACUACUUGACUAGGCUGAUAAACGCUGGUUUCCAUGAGUCCACCUUCAAUAAUCACAUCACAAUGGACAUUAGUAAUGUGGACAGCAACAACUUUUACAUUAACAAAUUCCCCCUUGGCAACUAUUCCGCAGAUACAUAUAUGCCAUCCAUUGGAUUUCAACUCAAGGAAGUAAAGGAUGGCGGAGUUACUCUCUGGAAAGCACCUGAAUCAAGUGAUGCUAAAUGCAGAUUUGUAAGACUGUUUAUCAAGGAUGGCCUAUUGGUCCUCUUCCUCCUUGUAGACGAUCCGAAAAACGGUCGUCAUGUUCUCUACUUUGUAAAGAAUGACAAGGAAUGGAAGAAUGUUAGUAAGGAUGAGUACUAUGAUCAUAUUGCAAAGGAGAAUGGUCUAGAGCCUUUACAAAGGAUUGAGAAUCCUAAGGUUAUCAUGAGUAGUUUUAGGAAUCGGCAAGGCCUAAGGCUCAUCAGUUAUACCUCAAAGGUAGACAAACCAAAAGGCAAUGUCAUUCUUGUCCAUGGUGUUCGUUCCCACUUUAUCUCAGAAUUCUGUGCCUCAAAUUUUGAGUGGAACUUCAAACACCUGGGAUUCUCCAUGUUCCAAACUCCAGAUGAUAUAUUCUCACGAGAAACGAAGCAAAGUACCAACAAUAUUGUAUUGUACAGAGAGAUUUUUGAACAUGCCUAUCUGGACGGUAUGGAUGCCUUUGAGGUGGCUCCCAGAUAUGAGUAUAGGCAUAGCCUUGUGGAAUACCUUAACGGACUGGGCUAUAGUGUCUAUGGAUUUGAUUUGCAGUCUCACGGUCUCUCUGAAUCCAUCUCAGCACCAAGGUGUCAUGUUCGUAGCUACAAGGACUACAUUUAUGAUCUCCUACAAUUCAUUAGCAUUGUAAAGAGAAGUAAAUUUGGAGAUCCUACCCAAACCUAUGAUGAAACAAUAAUCUUUGAGAACAUUCCUACAGGUAAAAAGACAUUUUUUUGGGGAAAUUCAAUGGGUGGAAAUCUUGUUAUCCGAGCAGUUCAAGAAUUUCACAAGCAUGCAAAAGAGGGAACAAGACUGGUAGACGGCCUAAUUGGUACAUCUGCAAUGCUGAAUCUACUCUUCAACCUGGACACUUGGUGGAAGCAGUUGAUGAAAAAGAUGGCUAUGGUGAUUGUAUGGUCAUACCCAGAAGAUAUAAAUAGAUAUGAACCACCAUGCGACUUUGGCAAAGCCUUUGAACCCUUCAUAAGAUAUGGUGACCCCUUCUUUUACAGCAACAGGCUGACUUAUAAGGCCACAAGUCUGGUUUUUGAUGCGUGUGAUGACGUCAACAGGGAGGAUAAUAUUGCCAAUUAUCCAAAGGAUUUACCUACACUGUUCACUCACUCUGUAGAUGACUUCUUUUGUGAUGUACAAGGCCCAAAGGAGAUGGCCGAGAAGCACCUAAAGGAUAGUGAUGUAGUCAAAUUUGUGGAACUAGGAGGAGCGUUUCACUACCUCACCAUUCCUCAUUCCAUCUUUGCAAUACAAAGAACACUAAAGGAAUGGUUGGAUCAGUACGCCUAG